AUGGUGUAUGGGCAGAAUUCUGCCACUGCAAAAUUCUUCUGCAUAUGGUGCUAUUGUACCAAGGCAAAAAUUGCAGACUUCACUAGUGAGUUGAAAGAAAUAUACAUAAAAUGCUAUUACCAUCAGAAAUAAAGUAUUCUUUUUAAAGAUAGCCAUGUAUAUUAUUUUCUGAACAAAAAACAGAUAACUUACCAAUAUUUGAAAAAGUGCUAAUACAGCGAUAGUGACCAUGUAUAUUAUGUUUUGUUGUCGUAAUUACUUUAAGUACAAGACUGGCCAAUUGAGAGAACCAUAGAGGCCUACAGAAGGCAGCAUACUGGAAAAAGUUUAGACCAGCGAAGAGGUUCAGUGCAUGAAACACGGCAGCCAAUUCCAUUUGAACGAGUCAUCAUUGUCACUCUACACCUGUUCCUUCGAAUAAUGAGACUUCUCUUUCACCACGUGAUCAUAUUUCUAUGUUUAAAACCUUGACCACUUGAAUAACCCUUAUAAAAUGGUAUGACAGGCUUAUGACUAUUUACUUUUUAUUUAGAAAAAAUCUAAUUUAAAAAUUCAAUACUUAACAAAGAUUAUAUUCUUCAACAAUUUUUCAAGGUGGUUGAGCUUGCUGGAAGACAUUGGUGUACCCUUCAAAUUCUUUGAAGUGCAACAAGAAGAUGGGCCUUCCCAAACACAAUGGACAAGACUUGAUGGUAAUAAUUUAAGCCCCUUUAUUCAUUAAGGGCUUCUGAUAUCAUGCAAUGAUGCAAUUUCACACAAUUGGCCUAAAAUCACAUCCAAUCACACAAUUUGAGGAAUAAUCACAUAAUUGGUAAAAAAUUGUUCAAUUCAUGAUAAGUAAAGAAUGAUUUGUUUAACUUUCAAUGAACAUUUUUUUCAAAGAAAAUGAUAUUACAAAGGAAAAUACAAGGUCAAGGACAAAAAAUGAAAAAUAAUUGGCUAGUUCUACUGUGAAUACAUUGUAGUUAGUAUGAAAUUGUGCAUAUUGGCAUUAAGAUUAUUUCAAAUGAAAAAAGGCUGCUGUAUUACUAUUAAUAAACUCAACAACUCACAUUUUGGGUAAAGACCUCUGUAACAUUCUUCACAACUUGGAUCUGAAGCCAGUCUUUGAGGGAAUAGUGACAGAGCGCACGCUUACCUACAAAAAUGUGAAAAAGUUAUGGAAGGUAAUGAAAAAUUCAUACUACUUGAGCCCACAAUUUUAAAUGACAUAAUAAUUAUUUUGUCAGUGAUAAACAUAUCUAAAUUCACUUUACCUCCGCACCUACAAGUAUUUUGCAUUUAGGGAUUUGGUGAGCUGGUGACAGCACUUGAGGCAGAGCCAGGCUAAGAAUGCUACAAACCACCUGACCUGUUCAGGGAGCAAGCACGAAAAUGGGCCAUGUUCUUCCGAGUUGUCCAUUUUGAUGAGGUACAACAUUAUUUAUUAUUCUGGAAGCCCCUAAAUUUUAACAUGGUUCACUUGUCCCAACACUACGAAAAUUAAUGUUCACUAUCUUGUCGUCUCAACAUAAUCUUGUCUUAUAAUUCAAUAUUUUAUUAUUGAGAACAAUGUAUUGAUACAGUGUGUAUAAUAAUAUAUAACACCUUAUAUACAUGGUAAGCUAAACACUUCUGGACUUAUUGACUUAAUUGAAAUCAAAGGGUGCCAAUGACUAGCUCAAGGAUUAGGUAUUUUAGAGAUGAAAGCUGACAGUGAACUUGCAAUUACUUUUACAAGUCUACUGGUAUUAUUUUAGUCUGUCAAAACAUGGGUCACACCAUGCAAGAUCUCUCUCACAAGGCAACGGCUUUUUUGCUGAUUUUAGUUGGACCCAAUGAGAUAUUACUAUAAAAACAUAUGCGAUAGGGCUGAAAGGUGAUCCAAAUUCUGGAAUUCUGCAUUUGCAUGUCCCAGUGCCCAAAAUAACUAUUCUCGUUCCUAUGCUUUGUAUGCUAUGUCAUCACAGAUAAUACUUACUUAAACUCCUGUCACCUAAAAGAUGUCCUUGACUUUCAAACAUAUGCUUGCUUGUUAUCUUCUGCAGCACUGGUGUACCAUGUUCCACAGUUUCUGGAAGGAUGUGGCUCCAUUUCUAUUUUCAACUGUCAGCCAGUCGAAAAGAAGAACCACGAGCAAUCGCGAAUGUUCCACCGAGCAACACAAAAAGGAGGGAGAAACUCGCACUACACAAGGCAAGUUAUGGAAAAGAAGAACAGGAAAAUUUUUGCAAGUGUAAACGAUUUAUAUCGAACCAAGCGUAUGUAUCAGAAGAAAGAUAACGAUGAAGACAGGAAUGAAAGUGCAGGCAGC